AUGAAGGCGUCGUCGCAGAGCCAGAGCCAGAGGACGCCGUCGCCGCGCGCCGCCGCCGGUGAGCACACGCGGUCCUCCUCGGAGCCAUGGCUCGUGGCGGCGGCGGCGGCGAGCACCUGCGACGACUCGUGCGUCAACGACGUCGAGAACUUCGCGCGGACGGUCGCUGCUGCCAAGAGUAGGAUGGGUUCGUCGUCGUCGUCUGCGGCGGGGGCGGGGGCGGCGUCACGGCCGGACAUGCUCGCGUCCGUGCUGUCCCACUACGCGGCCAAGUGGCUCCCCGACGUGGCGGCGGCGUCGUCGUCGUCCCCGGCGUCGUCGGCGUCGGGGAGGUUCCUUCCCCCGGAGAGCCCCACCGCCACGUGGCUCAAGAAGCGGCUGCUGCUGGAGUCCCUCGUCGCCGCGCUCCCGCCCGACCCCGCUCCCGGCGGCGGCGUGGCCGCCGACGACGGCAUCACGUGCGACUUCCUGCUCAAGCUGCUCCGCGCCGGGAGCAUGGUGGGCGCCGACGCGGCGCUGCUGCAGGAGCUGGAGUCCCGGGCGUCGCGGCGGCUGGACCAGGCCACGCUGGGCGCCGUGAUGAUACCGGCGUUCGGCCACGAGUACGCGUGCGGGACGCUGCUCGACGUGCCGCUCGUGCUCCGCCUGGUGCGCGGCUUCCUCAAGGACGGCGGCGGCGCCGCCGCCACCGCCAAGGCCGCCGGUGGCGGCGCCGCCGCCGCGAGGGUGGCGAGGCUGGUCGACGCCUACCUCGCCGAGGCCGCGCUCGAGGCCGGGCUCCGGCCGGCCGAGUUCGAGGAGCUCGCCCGCGCCGUGCCCGCCCACGCCCGCCCCGCCGACGACGCGCUCUACCGCGCCGUCGACACCUACCUCAAGGCACACCCGAGCACGAGCAAAGAGGAGAGGAAGUCGCUGUGCCGGCUGAUCGACGCGCGCAAGCUGACGGCGGAGGCGGCGGCGCACGCCGUCCAGAACGACCGCCUUCCGGUGCGCACCGUGCUGCAGGUGCUCUUCUCCGAGCACGGCAAGCUCAACCGCCUCGCCGAGCUGAGCGGCGGCGGCGCCUCCUUCGGCGCGCCCAGCCCGGCGUUCGACCUCCCCGGCGCCCGCUGCCCGUCCAAGCGCGAGAUGCUCGCCCAGCACCACGAGGUCCGCCGCCUCCGCGAGGAUUUCGCCCGCCUCCAGGUGCAGUGCGGCGCGCUGCAGGCUCAGGUGGACAGGCUGAGCACGGAGAGGCGGCGGCGCGGUGGAGGCGGCGGCGGGUUCUUCAAGUGGAGCACGUUCUGGUUCGGCGGCAUGAGCGCCGACGUCGCGAGGGUGGAGGACUCCGAGAGCGGCAUGGAGCGGCGGACGCCGGUGAGCGGGAAGAAGGGCAGGGCCGCCACCGCGACGCCGACGCCGAAGUGGCGCAAGUCGAUGUCUUGAGGAAAUCUGAAAUUCUGAAGCCAAUUUGGAUGUUAAUCUGUUUUACCUUCUUUAAUUACUGUCAAUUACUCUCUGUUUGAAUUAUUGUUCACAGUGAAACCCUUGUGAUCAGCUCACUGGAGUGCAUAAAUAAAUCUGUGAUGUU